GAUGAGAAACCGCGGGAGCAGUUCAGUGAUUCUCGCUAGUGCUGGAGGAGCGUGCAUUUUGGCAAGGAAAUGUACUGAUUUUGCAAGGACAUGGAGAAUAAAGAGUUCAAGGAGUCAGAGGUCAGUGGGAAUGACCUCACCCUCAUAGACCUGGAUGACCCCAUCAAUGACGGUGAUGUUAUGAAGGAAGACAGAUCUGAUAAAGAUCACAGAGAGGUUGAGAGACAGACCACGUUGGAAGAGGCUGUUCUAGAGACAGAUAUCCAAACUCUGUCACUAGAGGCUGAAGGAGAGAUUGAGAUGCAGGAGGCUGAUCUGAAGACAGAUGGCACGUCUCAGUCACAGAAGGUUGAAGGAGAGAUUGAGUUGGACGAUGCUGUUGCCAUCCCACCUCAGUCACAGGAGGUUGAAGGAGAGAGUGAGUUGGACGAGGCCGUUGUCAUCCCAUCUCAGUCACAGGAGGAGGCCAAAGGUGAGAGUGAGUUGAAUCAGGUUGAUCUGAAGACAGCCACAUCAACUCUGACACUGGAGGUCGAAGGAGAGAGUGUGAUGCAGGAGAGUGAUGAUCUACAAACAGCCGGGACAUCUCAAUCCCAGGAGACUGAACGAGUGGCAAAGGCUGCAGUGGUGACCUUCACUAGCGUGACCCGCAAGGCUGCAGCCUCCCAGACCAGCCUCACCCUCAGCAGGGGAAAGAGAAGCUACCCAGACCUACACACCUUUGUGCAGGACAUGAAGGAUGGGUACCUACCCCUAGCCCCUCUUUUCACAGGUACCUACCCCUAG